UUUUACCAUACUUAAUUUAACUAACUGCUGUAAUUGCAUAGCAGCAGAUGAUUAUUGAAAAACGUUCCUUAUUGUCGUAUGGUAGCGAUCCUCUACGCUUCACAGUGGAAGGAAAUGGAUAACAAUGGCUGUGAGCAAAAAAAUUUCGAACUGAGUGUGGAAAUAAACUUUGUCAUCAAAUCAUUUUACAAAUUCAAAAUGAACGAAAUUUGGCUGCCUCAAGAACCGCCAAUCUUUCUCCGCUGUCAUUGCUCGGUAUGGAGGAAACAAGUAAAAUUACGAUUGUCAAUGACCGUGGCGAGUCUAUUGUCGGCAUUCUAGAGAAAAAGCCCACCAUUGACAUUCACCGGGCACAACCAAGACUCAUUCUCAUUACCCAUGGUGUUCUCGGGCAUAAGGACUAUCUCUUUCAAAGACUCAUGGCACAGGAACUUCCUUACUCGACAUUUCGGUUUGAUUUCCGUGGCAAUGGCGAAAGCGGAGGUGAACCGGGAUAUGCUAAUAUGACGGAAGAUACUGAGGAUAUACAUACCGUGGCUUCGCAUUUCGAAAAACAAGGCUAUCAGAUUUUUGCCGUCAUUGGACAUUCUCGUGGGUCGGUAGCUGGACUUAAAUAUGCAACGACGUGUGAACGGCCUUUGGAUCAUUUUGUGAAUAUAGCAGGCCGUUACAAGAUGAACGACAACCAAAUAUACCGCAAUCGGCCUCAGAUUGGCGAGGCAUUGGAUAGACAAGGAUACUUUGAUUGGGCUGUCAAACAACGCGACAGAAUCGUGCAAAUCAAGGUGACUAGGGAGGAUGUCGAUCGGUUUACGUCCUGGGAUAAUUCGCAUGGUAAGUUAGGUCCACUGCAAUCUGAGAGAGAUGGGCUGUAUCCCUAAAAUCUACACGGCACCAGUAACGAGAAUGCCCAAGUCGACCUGCGUCUUGACGUGUCACGGUACCAAUGAUAAUGUAAUGUAAC